UAUUUCUGUUUAUGUUCUUCCUUUUAAUUUCCAGAUUAUGCAUGGAAAAGGAGCUAAACUUAGCAGCAAGGAGGAGAAUUUGGCAGCUCUUGAUGACGGAAGCAAUGAGCUUAAAAGCAAUGGGGAGGGAGAUGAUAACGGCAAAGUUGCAACAGAUACCACUAUAGAAAUGGGAGAUGCAAGCAACCUGCCAUCAGUCAAAGAAAAUUCCUCUUCUGAGGCAGUUCUCCCUGAAAACCAUACUGGUCAGCUGAAUGCGCAAAACACCCAGGAUAAGGCCAUAGAGAGCAUCAGUUCACAGAGUGUAGAAGAUUACAAUCAGUUACUCAAUACAUAUUACGAACUUGAGGAUCAAAGGCAAAAGAUUUUGCAGCAACUUAACCAGUUUGGCAUAUGGAGUUACCAAAAUUCUGCUUCUACUUCACAAGAACAUCACACUUAUGCAGCACAUACUUCACAUCCAACAGAAUCUUCUUUCUACUGCCCAUAUGGAUGCCAAAGUUGGGUGUCUCCAUGCACACUAUCACCUUGUUGUUUGGAUGCUUCUGUACAAGGUGUUCAACAAAAGAACUCAUCUCUUCAAAAUUCUAAUUUGGUUAAUAUAGCAAAGGAAGCUGCAGAAAAAGUACUAUCCUCUUUAAAGCAAGCUUCUAACACGACUUCACCGAAUUCAUUUGCAAGUGAAGGUGAGCAGCUGUCUAGAUACUUGACUGCAUGUCUGUUUAUUUUUAUGUCUAGAGUGUGAUGUGGUAGUGACUGGAAGAUCCUUGCAUUUUCUAUAACAUAUUGAGAUGAACUGGAAUACGGACAAGAAAAAGAGUUAG